AUGGGUUACGAGGAAAAGUUAGUUGCUCCAGCCCUUAGGAUCAAGAAUUUUCUUGACAAGUUCCCAAAACUUCACAAUGUCUAUGUCAUCUGUAUGAUUUCCUGUGUGUCAGGUAUGAUGUUUGGUUUUGAUAUCUCUUCUAUGUCUGCCUUCAUUGGUCAAAGUUACUAUGAAAAAUAUUUUAGCAAUCCAAGUUCCACUAUGCAAGGUUUCAUUACCUCUGCUAUGUCCUUAGGUUCUCUCUUUGGUUCUUUACUUUCAUCAUUCAUUUCCGAACCUUUCGGUAGACGUUUCUCGUUAUUCCUUUGUGCCAUCCUUUGGUGUAUCGGUGCUGCUAUUCAAUCUUCAUCUCAAAACAGAGCACAAUUGAUCAUUGGUCGUAUCAUUUCAGGUUUCGGUGUCGGUUUCGGUUCAUCUGUUGCCCCAGUUUAUGGUUCAGAAUUAGCUCCUAGAAAGAUUAGAGGUACCAUUGGUGGUCUUUUCCAAUUCUCCGUCACUCUCGGUAUCAUGAUUAUGUUCUUCAUUGGUUACGGUUUAGGAAAGGUUCACGGUGUUGGUGGUUUCCGUAUCGCUUGGGCUAUUCAAAUUAUUCCAGGUUUAGUGUUAUUCUUUGGUUUAUUCUUCGUUCCAGAAUCUCCAAGAUGGCUUGCCAAGCAAGGUUACUGGGAUGAAGCAGAAAACAUUGUUGCUAUCAUCCAAGCUAAGGGUAAUAGAGAUGAUCCUGAUGUCUUGAUUGAAAUCUCCGAAAUCAAGGAACAAUUAUUACUUGAACACGAUGUUAAGGCUUUCACCUUCGCCAGAUUAUUUUCAAAGAAGUAUAUCCACAGAACUUUCAUUGCAGUCUCAGCUCAAAUUUGGCAACAAUUGACCGGUAUGAACGUUAUGAUGUACUAUGUCGUUGAUGUUUUCAACAUGGCCGGUUACACUGGUAACGUUGCUUUAAUUUCUGGUGUUAUUCAAUACGUUUUAAACACUGUUAUGACCAUUCCAGCCUUAUUCUUGAUGGAUAGAAUUGGUAGAAGAGUUAUCUUAUUAGCUGGUGCCCUCUUAAUGAUGACUUUCCAAUUCGGUGUUGCUGGUAUCUUAGGUACUUACUCUGUUCCUACUGGUGCUUCUGGUACUGUUAACAUUACCAUUCCAGAUGAGCACAAGUCUGCAGCCAAGGGUGUCAUUGCAUGUUGUUACUUGUUCGUUGUUUCUUUCGCUUGUUCUUGGGGUGUCGGUAUUUGGGUCUACUGUUCUGAAGUUUGGGGUGAUAAUGUCUCCAGACAAAGAGGUGCCGCCUUAUCUACUGCAGCUAACUGGGCUUUCAACUUCGCCAUUGCUAUGUUCACUCCACCAGCUUUCCAAAACAUCUCCUGGAAGACUUACUGUAUUUACGCAUCCUGUUGUGGUGCCAUGUUCCUUCAUGUUUUGUUCUUCUUCCCAGAGACUAAGGGUAAGAGAUUGGAAGAAAUUGCACAAAUCUGGGACGAAAAGAUUCCAGCUUGGAAGACUGCCAACUGGCAACCACAUGUUCCAUUGUUAUCCGAUGCUCAAUUAGGUGAAAAGUUGAAGGUUGAACACCGUGAAGGUGACUCUGGAUCCCACUCUGGUGAAAGUACCCAAGAAAACAAGGAUGAUUUACUCACUCAAUCCCCAGUCUAA